AUGUCGGGCAUUCAACCUGUGGCGUUCUACGCCAUGAAGGUCCCUCCUGGUGACAUUAUGGUCCCAGCUGUGCCAGAAUUCGCUGCAAUGUUCCGCCUGACAAUGGCUGCCAUUGACCCCAGUGCUGAGCCUGAGCUUGAGAACGGCGACGACAAGCAACCUCCGCGAUCAACCCUCAAAGUUGUCCGUAUUCCUGAUCAUCUCUUCGAUUCUGACGACGAUGACUCUGAUGACGACGACUACGCGGAUGGACUUGAAGACGACGAUGAAGACUCAGAGGACGACGAGGAAGUCAACGGCGGCCCCAGCGAGAAAAAGUCCAAGAAGCAGGCGCUUCUCGAAGCCCUUGCCAAGGACGAAGAGGAAGAUGAAGAUAUGGCUGAUGACGAUGAGGACGAUGACGAUGAUGAUGAAGCUGACGCAAAGGCGAUUGCGAUGCUGGAGAAGUUGAUCAAGAACUCAAAAGGGAAAGGCAAAGCCAUCGAAGGCGAAGACCUAUCUGAUGAUGACGAAGACUCCGACGAUGAAUCAAUUGAGAUGGAUGAGGUUGUUGUCUGCACUCUUGAUCCCACACAGCAUUACCAGCAACCCCUCGACUUCGUCGUCGGUGAAGGUGAGAAAGUGUUCUUCAAGGUUUCUGGCACCCACACCGUCCAUCUCACUGGGAACUACGUCAUCCCUCAAGAAGAUGGCAACAGCUCGCUCUACGACGAAGAUGAUUACCUCAAUGAAGACGAGGAAGACGAGGAGUACGAUUUAUCUCCCUAUGAUGAAGAGGAGGAGGAAGAUGAGCUCGAUGAUGGACUUGAUGAAGAAUCUGACGAGCUCGACGACCUUGCUGACCCACGCAUUACCGAAGUCGGCAGUGAUGAAGAAGCGAUCCCCAAACUCGUCAAGGCUGCUAAAGGCAAGGGCAAGAACAAGCGCCCCGCUGAAGAAAGUGCCGAUGAAGACGGAGAAGAGGACAACCUAGACGCCAUCAUGGCCAAAUCACUGAAGAAACCAGAAACCACCGAGGCUGCUACCAACGGUGACACCAAGAAACUGUCAAAGGCCGAGAAGAAGCGCCAGAAAAAACUCAAGAAGAACGAUGGUGAAGCCGCCCCCGCCGGAUCCGAGCCCACAGCUACCGAGACCAAGAAAGACGCGCCCUCAUCGAACGGCUCCGAGAAGAAAGUCCAAUUCGCCAAGAACCUAGAACAAGGGCCCACUCCCUCAGCAACGCCUGCAUCCUCAACCGCGAAAUCGGACAAAUCCAGCUCCUCCACGACCACGACCACGACCAGCACAUCGGUCGGCGUGAAAGAAGUGCAAGGCGUGACGGUUGACGACCGCAAAGUCGGCAGCGGACCAGCGGCCAAGAAAGGCUCGCGGGUCGAGAUGCGUUACAUCGGCAAGCUUGACAGCGGCAAGGUGUUCGACAGCAACAAGUCAGGCAAGCCCUUCGGCUUCAAGCUCGGGGCCGGCGAGGUCAUCAAGGGCUGGGACAUCGGUGUCGCUGGAAUCCAGGUUGGCGGCGAGAGACGACUCGUCAUCCCCGCCCACCUCGCCUAUGGCAGCAAGGCUCUUCCCGGCAUCCCUAAGAACAGCAAACUGACCUUCGACAUCAAGUGUCUGGGUAUCAAAUAA